AUACCCUUCUCGUGUCUUCUCCUUUAACUCAUCAAGUCCAUAAAAGUCAACCUCCGACUAAACAUGUCUGAAUCACCGGUGGAGCUUGUGUUCAUCCCCUCGCCGGGGCUGAGCCACGUCAUCCCCACCGUCGAGGCCGCCAAGCUCCUCCUCGCCCGCGGCGGCGAUCGCCUCGCCGUCACUGUCCUAAUCGUGAGGCUACCGGAGAAAGGAGACGAUAAAACCGACAAAAUGUUGUCCGAUAUCAAAGCAGCAGUCCCACGCCUCCGAUUCAUCGACUUGCCUUUUGACCAUAAUGCCCCCGGCGCCGACUCCCAAACUUUCCGAUUCACUUACAUCCUUAGUUGCGGUGACAAGAUCAAGCAAUUAUUGUCGGAUUUGAUCGAGAAGCCAUCCGUCCCCGGCUCCCGACUAGUCGGGCUUGUCCUCGACAUGUUUUGCACGAAUUUAAUUCAGGUUGGCGAAGAAUUGAGCAUUCCGUCCUACGUGUAUUACACUGCGGGAGCAUUCAGUCUUGGCGUGUUGUACGACAUGAUUUCACUCAAAUUCGAACAACAUCAGGACCUGACACAAUUCAAAGAUUCCGACACUAAACAACUCUCCUCACGAUGUGCCUCUCAGCCUCUCCCCGCUAAAAUACUUCCUCUGUAUUUCAUCGACGGCAGCCCUGUCGCAGAUCUCUUGUUCGAAUACUUCCGGAAAUUCGCCGGCGCCAAAGGAGUUCUCAUCAACACAUUCUACGAACUCGAAUCCUACGCCAUUGAUUCUCUGUCCGCUCAUUACAAUAACUAUCCCAAGGUUUACCCGAUCGGACCCAUGUUGAAGGACAAUGCUGUCUCCAGCGAUCCGUCGGUAACCGAUUUGAUGACGUGGCUGGACGAUCAGCCGGAGGAGUCGGUGGUGUUCCUGUGCUUCGGGACGAUGGGGGCAUUCGAUGGAGCUCAGGUUAAGGAAUUCGCCAAGGCUCUGGAAGAUUCUGGAAGCAGGUUCGUGUGGUCGCUGCGGAAGCCGACGUCGUCGUUGCUGCCAGCCGAGUACGGAGACUACGGCGAGGUUCUGCCGGAGGGUUUUUUGGAGCGGACGGCGGGACGGGGGCGGGUCCUCGGGUGGGCCCCGCAGGCGGCGGUGCUGGCGCACAGGGCGGUGGGGGGAUUCGUGUCGCACUGCGGCUGGAACUCGGUGUUGGAGAGCGUGUGGCACGGCGUUCCGGUGGCGGCUCUGCCGCUGUACGCGGAGCAGCAGUUAAAUGCGUUCGAGCUGGUGAGGACAUUGGGGAUGGCGGAAGAGAUCAAGAUUGAUUACAAGUUAGAUGUGAGUGGGCAGGAACCGGCGCCGGAGAUUGUCCCGGCGGAGGAUAUUGAGGCGGCGAUCCGGCGGGUGAUGGCGGCAGAGAGCGGCGUGAGGGGGAAAGUGAAGGAGAUGCAGAAGAAGAGCCGUGAGGUUUUGAAGGAAGGCGGGUCGUCGUGGACUUGGCAAAAGGACUUCUUCCAAGAUGUUUUGAAAAACAUCGGAUUGGAAUAGUUGGCUGAAUUUACCGUUGGUUUUAGAGACUCUCUUUACUUUCAAACAUUUAAUAAGGUUUACUUAUCAAUGGUUGAAAUUUUGUACUUUGUUGUGUUUUAAAAUUCACUUGUCAGGUUUU